CUUUUAAAAUGGCUACGAGUAGAACGUUCGUUGAUUUAUUCCUUCUAGUUAGUUUGGCCUGUGGACUGGGCAGUCUAUCGGCGGAAGACUUGCAAACAACCGGACGCUCUUUUACAAUAGACUAUGAAAACAACACUUUCCUUAUGGAUGGAGUUCCCUUCCGCUAUGUGUCGGGAUCAUUCCACUACUUUCGGGCUUUACCGGAAACAUGGAGGACUAGAUUAAGGACAAUGCGUGCAGCAGGCUUGAAUGCAGUUUCCACUUAUGUCAACUGGGCUCUACACAACCCAAAGGAUGGUAUCUACAACUUUGACGGUAUGGCGGACCUUGAGAAGUUCAUCAACCUGGCCCAAGAGGAGGGUCUUUACGUGAUAUUACGACCAGGACCCUAUAUCUGUGCUGAAAUUGAAAAUGGUGGACUUCCGUAUUGGUUACUCUCGAAAAAUCCUGACAUGAAGGCAAGGACCAAUGACGAAAGUUACACGAAGGAAGUUUCCAUUUGGUUUUCCCAACUGAUGCCAAGAAUCCAGAAAUACCUAUAUGGGAACGGUGGACCUAUCAUUAUGGUCCAAGUUGAGAAUGAAUACGCUCUCUUCAGUGCCUGCGAUAAGGAUUAUAUGAAUUGGCUCCGGGAUGAGUUCAGGAAAUAUAUUAAAGAUGAAGCUGUUCUAUUUACGACUGAUCCUCCUAGUAGCAGACUAUCCUGUUCGAAGGUCGAAGGUGUUUAUGCUACAGUCGAUUUUGGAGCAACAAACGAUAUAAACGGCCAGUGGAAAGGACAGCGCUCAGUAGAACCAAAAGGUCCUCUGGUGAAUUCAGAAUUCUAUCCAGGAUGGCUGACUCACUGGGGUGAAGAGAAUCAACGACGCAAUGCUGAUGAUAUUGUUGACUCUUUCAAAGGAAUAAUGCAAACUGGAGCGAAUGUCAACUUCUACAUGUUCUUCGGUGGAACAAAUUUCGGCUUCAGCGCUGGAGCUAAUGCCCAAGGAUCAGGAAACUACGCAGCCCACAUCACAUCCUAUGAUUAUGAUGCACCCAUGGAUGAAGCUGGAGAUCCAACUCCAAAGUAUAUGAAAAUUCGUGAAGCAGUUGGUCAAUUCUUGGAAUUACCAUCAAUACCAGUACCGGAAAAGGCUCCUAAAAUGAGUUUGCCAGAUAUUCAGUUGAAGCCCAUAGACCUGCUCCUUUCUGAUUCAGGACGACGUAAUCUUGUCACAAAAACUGUCACAUCAGACCACCCGCAAAGUUUCGAACAGUUGGACCAGUUCUCUGGAUUGGUUAUCUAUGAAGCUGAACUUCCCGUGUUCCAGAUAGAUCCAGUUUUGCUGACCGUUAAUGGUCUUGCGGACAGGGCAAUUGUUUUAGUGAAUCAAACUUUCAUUGGAGUUCUAUCGCGCCAAAAUAAUAUCAACUCCUUGCCCAUUAAUGAUGGCUUCGGGAAAACCUUACAGAUUAUUGUCGAAAAUCAAGGAAGGAUAAACUUUGCUAUUGCAAAUGAUCAGAAGGGAAUCCUUGGGAGUGUGGUGGUCCAAGAGGCGGACGACAGCAAAUAUGAAAUUAAAGGUUGGGAAUCGUCAUCUGUCCCACUGGAAAGUGAGCAAAUAAUGAAGCUGGUAGAGGAACGUAAGGAUGAAGUCGUGGAAGUCAACAAACGUGGACUGCUCUUAGAGGGUCCAACAAUUUAUUAUGGUGAAUUUGUUAUCUCUGAUGGUGACGAAAUCUACGACACAUAUUUAGAUCCAACCGGGUGGGGCAAAGGUGUAGUGUUUGUGAACGGUUUCAAUUUGGGACGAUAUUGGCCUAAUGUUGGACCGCAAAUAACUCUCUAUGUCCCCAAGGAACUGUUGCAGAAAGGCACUAAUAAAAUCACAAUUGUGGAAUAUCAAAAUGCUCCUUCGAAUGGCCGUAUCCGUUUCACUUCAACCCCGCAAUUAGAUGGAGGCAACAGUUAUGUUACCUUAGAAUAAUCUUUUUGGAUGAUCAAUUAUAAGAAGCUGAAAAAAUAAAGCAAUACUUUC